AGAGAGAAGAGAGGGGUUGAAGGUGGGUUUUGGAGAGAAGGAAUGGCCUAUUAAAAGGAAGCCAUCACUCCCACCUCCCGCCCUCUGGUUUUGGGCGCCUCCACCCUCCCACAGACUCCCCCCAUACAGAAAGAGAGAGAGAGAGACAGACAGACAAAGAGAAAGAGAGCAUUUCACCUUCCUUUUGUACCCAUUCUCCCCCAUCUUUACUCCAUUUCAUUCUCCUUCCCCCCAUCCCCCGCCUCCUGUAAAUACGCAUUCUGCAGCUCCUCCGAUCCGUUAGAUCCGCAUUUCUCGGCGAAAGCUUCCGGCAAGCUAGACGGCUUCUCCGAUUGCUUCAACUGUAAGGUACUUGAACUCCCCAUCGCCGGAACGGUCCCGAUUCUUGAUGAUGAAGCUCAUCGACUCCUUCAUCCCUCUGCGCUUUCUACCUUUUGUUCUGGUUGGUUGAUGUUUCGAUGCCACUUGGUACUCUUCCAGUCGGCGAUUUUCUGUUGGUUUGUUUGAGGUUAGGGUUCUACUGAUGUGGAUUCGGGGGAAAUCGGUUCGGCUUCGAUUUGUUUCUGGCAGGGGUUUCUGGAGAAGUUAGGGUUUCGAUCGGGAAGGAUCGAUUGAAUUGCGAGAAUAUAAGGAAGGAUUGCAGGAUCCUGACCUUGUUGUUGAUAUAAUUUUGGGUUAGGAGCUCGGAUUUUUGGGGAUUUGUCUCUUCUGAUUUUUAGGGUUUCGCAAUAGGAUCUGAGCUAGGUUUUUCUUCUCUCGUUUGUUUGCUUUCCCUGUUUCGUUCCUUCUUUUCUGUAAAUUCUGUACAGUGAAAGGCUAAGGUUUUGGGGAAAGGGGAGAAAGGAGCAACUUCCAUCUGUAAAUAUACUUGGGGAGUUUAUUAGUGAAAACGGGGGAAGACUAGGUUAGCUACGGGUAGAGAAAGCGGCUGUUGUUGUCUCGUUUGUGCUUCGUUCCUUGAAAGUGGCGAAGAUGAGUCUGACCGCGGCGGAGGAGGAUUCGAGUGCGGAGAUUCAUCUACCGGCAGACAUCGACUGGCAGAUGCUCGAUAAAUCCAAGUUCUUCCUCCUCGGCGCCGCGCUCUUUUCCGGCGUCUCGGCGACGCUCUACCCGGCUGUGGUCCUCAAGACACGGCAGCAGGUUUCCUCCUCCACGCAGCUCUCCUGCAUCAGGCUUGGCAUCAGGAUCCUGAACCACGAGGGCCUCGCUGGUCUCUACAGAGGCUUCGGCACGUCCCUCAUGGGGACCAUCCCUGCCCGUGCCCUCUACAUGACCGCCCUGGAGAUCACCAAGAGCAACGUCGGAACUGCCACGGUGCGGCUCGGAUUCCCGGAGCCGGCUGCGGCGGCUGUGGCGAACGCAGCAGCGGGAGUGAGUGCAGCGGUGGCGGCACAGCUCGUGUGGACGCCGGUAGACGUGGUGAGCCAGCGGCUGAUGGUUCAGGGAGGGGAAGGGUUGAAGACCCAGUACAAGGGAGGAAUCGAUGCUUUUCGAACGAUCCUGUGUACAUGUGGGUUGAGGGGUCUGUAUAGAGGUUUUGGGAUGUCCAUCCUGACCUACGCUCCAUCCAAUGCUGUAUGGUGGGCAUCGUACUCUGUAGCGCAGAGGGGGAUUUGGGGAGGGGUUAAUUUCUUGUACAGUAGCAGGGAGGAGAAAGGGGGCGGCGGCGGAGGAGGAGGAUGGAAGCCAGGACCAAAGGCGGUGAUGGUGGUACAGGGGCUGAGCGCAGCAAUGGCGGGAGGGGUGGCCGCGCUCAUAACUACGCCCCUCGACACCAUUAAGACGAGGCUGCAGGUGCUGGAUGGAGAGGAGAACAGGAGGUUGACGGUAGGGCAGACGAUCAGGAAUCUGGUGAAGGAGGGUGGGUGGACUGCCUGUUACAGAGGGUUAGGGCCGAGAUGGGCUUCAAUGUCUCUGUCCGCCACCACCAUGAUCACUACCUACGAAUUCCUCAAGCGUCUAUCGGCCAAGAAUAUGGAGAGAUGAACUUAAUCAGGGUGUUGGAUAGAAAAAAGAUGAAACAUGAGAAAAAAGAAAAAAAAAAAAAAGAGUAAUGUGGAGUUGUAUGUAAGCUCUUUCCUUUUUCUUGCUCGCUGCUGCUGCUGCUUCAUUUGUCUUCUCCCCAUCUAUUAGUGUAAUCAAAGAAAGCAUCUCAUUUUCUUUUA